UUCAAAUCUCGAGAGAGCAAAGAGCAAUCGUCGCGAGCGUCAUCGCACCGCGUCAGACGUCGCGUGUGACCGCUCCCCGCCGCCCACAUUCGAGCAGCGUAAUCAACUGCUCAGGCACGCCCGCCUUUGUCGACGACAACGAGCAACGACGACGACCAAUUCCUCCCUUUGUCGCUGCGUGCCGCUAUUCCAUCCUCAUCAAGGGAGUCAUUCCCACCUCAUUUCGGUCGCGCCUACUUCAGAGAGCGAUUGAAUAUACCACCAAUAUCCGACGUGAUUCGCCAGCCCAAAGACAGCUUCUCCCCCUAUGACGAUGCUCUUUGAAUCGCCCGCAACUUCGACACGAAUUGGCGGCUAUUCAGACUUGUUCAUGCGUCCAGCGACUAGCGGCGGCGACCCCGCUGCGUACCAUCAGCACCAGCAGCACCAGCACGAGUGGCCGACAGACCCUCAACAGCAACCUCAGCAGCAGCAACACCAGAGCGACCAACCUCAUCAUCAUCAGCAACAGCAACAGCAGCAGAGCCUCGAUCAGACGGGCCUCUACGGCCACACGCCUCGCGCUUCGAUGGAUCAGGCGCAGCGCCCUCCCUCGACAGCCGACUCAGCGGGGCGUCGUCCGGGUACAGCCGGACCCUCGUACGACUCUCAGCUGGGCGAGCAGCUCGUCGCUGCUGGCGGUGUCAAAGCCGAGUCAUCCACAACGACAACGCCGAGUUGGGCUCAUCAGCCUCCGCCGCAGCAAAGCGGCUUCCCCACUAUGGGGUCUGGCGCUGGCCCCGGCCUCGUCGGCAGCGGCGGGUUUGGCUCCGUGGACUUCUACCAAGCCCGGCCCAUGUCGGCAGAAGGUUUGCCUUCGCACUACGGAGGACGAGGGCAAGGAGGCAGCAGCUUCCCCAGUGGUGGCGGCGUUGGAGCAACGGCAGGAGGAGGUCAUGCGGAUGCGAGCUCUACUGUAGCAGCAGCAACAGCAGCAGCAGCCAUGUACGGGGGUGUUGGGUCGACGGGAGCGGCCGGGGGUUACCACUACCGUCCUAUGUCGUCGUCGUCGUCGGCUUCGUCACCUACAAUGGCUGCUCAGACGUACGGCUACCCACCACUCGGCUACGGAGGGCCGGCAUCUGCUCUCUCUGCUGGAAGCAGCCACCUUAUGGCGGCAGGCCCCGGCGGCGGCGGCGGAGGCGGGCCCUCGCUAUCGUCAGGCACAGCAAUGUAUGCUUCCUAUCCAUCACAACAGCACAGCACAUUCGGGCACCCCGGUGGGCCUAGCAGUUAUCCAGCAACACAACACGGCUUUGGUCAUCACCCUCAUCACCAUUCGAUGUAUGAUCAUGGCAUGAAUCGUCCAGUGCCCUACAGUCCUUUUGAGGUCAAACAUCGUCGCAGAACAACCAAGGCGCAGUUCACGGUGCUGGAGAAUGCAUUUGCCAACACGCCCAAGCCCACCGCCGAAGCCCGCAAGCAAAUCAGUGAACAGAUUGGCAUGGACUCCCGCAGCGUUCAGGCGAGUACGGGAGACGAGUCGCCGGACUUGACUUGAAGCGACGCUGACCUCAAGCAUCCACUUCUCGCCCGCAGAUCUGGUUUCAGAACCGGCGGGCAAAGGCCAAGACAGCUCUGAAGAAGGCACAGCAAGCAGCAGACCAAGCCAG